CCCUCCCCUCUCUGCCUCUUUAGCUAACGUUUCCAGUCGCGAAUUGUGUUUGGUCGACCCUUUAUCAAGCUACUUUGUGAAUCGCAAUCAGUGACUUAACCGUUGGCUAUUGAGAUGGCAGCGAUUCGCAAGAAGCUUGUGAUAGUUGGCGAUGGUGCUUGCGGAAAGACAUGUCUUCUCAUCGUCUUCAGCAAAGACCAGUUCCCCGAAGUAUAUGUGCCAACUGUCUUCGAAAACUAUGUAGCUGACAUAGAAGUAGACUCAAAACAGGUAGAGCUUGCUCUGUGGGAUACGGCUGGACAGGAGGACUAUGACCGCCUGCGACCUCUCUCAUACCCCGACACGGAUGUCAUCCUUAUGUGCUUUUCAAUUGACAGCCCAGACAGCUUGGAGAAUAUUCCGGAGAAGUGGACCCCUGAAGUGAAGCACUUCUGCCCGAACGUUCCCAUUAUCCUGGUGGGCAACAAGAAGGACCUGCGGAAUGACGAACACACCCGCCGCGAACUGGCCAAGAUGAAACAAGAGCCGGUUAAGCCAGAGGAAGGUCGGGACAUGGCCAACCGCAUCUGUGCGUUCGGCUACAUGGAGUGCUCUGCCAAGACCAAGGACGGCGUUCGGGAGGUUUUCGAGAUGGCCACCAGGGCGGCGCUACAGGCUCGACGGGGCAAGCAGCGCAGUAAAUGCCUGCUGCUCUAAAGACCAGCGGACUGGUGCGGCCCGGGUCCCACGGCAGGCAGAGAGAGGGGGGCAGACAUCACUGCAGCCUGUGGAUGUCCCCUUACAGCGGAGGAGUGCGGUGUUGUCAUGACUACUACAUGACCUGUGUAUUAUCCUCUGCUGGUUCUGCUGUCUCACCUGGAUGAAAAGACUGUCCUCAACUGAGUUUUUUUUUUCUCUGAGAGAUGCAAACGCUUUUAUUUUAGUCUGUCUUUAUAUUAAAAAAAGAAACCAACACAAUAGGCCAACAACUUAAUUAUAAAAGGGUUUUUUGUCAGUAUUUAACGGAGCUGAUGUGGAGAGAACAGUUAUCAUUUUCUUUCUUUUCUUUUCUUUUCUCUUUUUGUCUUUUUCUUUUUGUACUCUACGCCAGUGAGUGAAUAUUUGCCAUAUUCGCUCCAAACUACUAAGCCAACAUGUCGGGCACGUUGUGCCAUAAUAAGACUGAUGCGUUCCUCCGCUGCGGUCAAGUCCUUGCGAUUGGUCAGACGUCUGGCCACACACUCUUACAGACACACACUCACACAGACACACACUCACACUGUGACCCCCCCCCCCCAAAUAACCUCCCCUUCCUACUACUUCUUCGGGACAACAGACAAAAUAUGCAAUUAUGAAAUCAAACAGAAGCUGGAAAAAGGAUCAGGACCAACACGUCAUGUAAGGCACAUGUGCAUUUUCACAUAUGUACCAUUUAACACACAGGCAAGACUUGAAGCUUGUUUUUUUGUUUUUCUUUGUUUUCUUUCUUUUUUUUUAAAGGAAAAAAUAGACGCAAAAAAUUGGUAUGUUUGUGUAUUAAAAUCUUUUUAAGAAGCUUUUGAAGUCAUUAAACUCGUCAAUGGUUUCAUUUGCAGCACAA